AUGCCCAGUGUGACGGCCAAACACCUUCCUGCAACAAUUGUCUCAGAGCCAACCGAAGUCAGUACUGCACUUUCCCACGCGCUUGUGGUACUGUACUGCAGCUUUACUGAAGGUCUGGCUGCAGCAUGUGUCAGUCAGGAUCCAGCCACCAAGCGGCGACACCCUCGAGGGUACCUGGAGUCUCUGGAGAAGCACAACUCAUUACUGGAAAACCAUGUGGCCUUCCUCGAACGGAAGAUCCGACAACUCCAACCCGGCACAGACAUAGACCUACUGGACAACUGUGCCACCGACGAAGGUACAAGGAGUGAGGUUCGAGACGAAAUUCGCACUCAUUCUCCUUCUCGUUCUCCUCCAGUACACGACAGCACGGUCAGUCCUGUCAGCGGCAAUGCAGGCUUUGGCUUUGGAGAAAGCACCAGCAACGACAGCCCCCAAUGGCAUGAUAUUUCCAAUCUGGAAUUGCUGUGCCUGCGCUCGGCUGGUGCGGAGCCUCAUUACUUUGGGGCUGCAUCGGCCUACUCUUUCACCAAGAUGUUUUCUGCCUCCCUCCGGGCGGUGCGCACCAAAGGGCCCGGCAUGACCAUGUCUGGGAUUGCAGAUAAUACGGUUCAAGCGCGUGCAAGGGCGACUCUAGCCCCGCUGCCGAGUAGGGCGUAUACGAGCAUGUUGACAUCGGCCUACUUUGAACAAGUACAUCCACAGUUUCCAUUCCUCCACCGACCGACUUACCUACAGUGGGAAGAAGAAGUCAUGACAGCGUGUGAGAGCGGUUAUACUCCCGACCCGACGAAAGCGUUCUUUGUCUUUGCGUUGUGUGCAGUCGGAGUCCUGACAGGGCCACUGGCGGGCGGGUCGCUCCCCGAGGGACUGUACGCAUCGGCGGAGAACCUGAUGGAGCAUGUCAUGCAGCUCAAUACUCUAGAAUCCAUCCAGGCUAUCCUUUGUUGUGCGAUGUAUUCGAUCCGAUCCCCUGUUGGGGUAUCAUUAUGGCUGCUCUCGGGACUUGCUCUUCGACAAUGUACCGAGUUGGGCCUCCAUCGAAAGAUCCCGUGGUACCGAGUGGAUUCCAAUCCCUUAAAGACACAGAUCAGAAGGCGUGUGUUUUGGUGCUGCUACAACUUGGAUCGGGCCAUGUCCAUCACUCUCGGGCGGCCACAGAGUAUUACGGACAGCGACAUCGACGUCGAGUAUCCCCUUGACAUUGACGACGAGAACAUCACCGUGUCUGGCCUACUAUGCGAACCAAGGAUAUCCAACAGUGAUCCACCCACGACCAUGUCAGCGGCGAUCCAUACCAUCCGCCUUCGACAGAUUUGGGCCCGGAUCCAAUGUUCAGUGCAUGCCCAAGUCGGCACAGAAGCCGACGUGACAAGCACAACCAGUACCACUACCACUACCACACCGGAUCAGGAUUCGGAUUCCCUGCUGGCCGGCUUCAAGCGCGAGCUGGAAGAGUGGCUUGAAUCUUCACCGUCGCAACUCUCGUCCAGCCACGCACAGAACAACAGUUUUGGAUCGCGAGAAUGGUUUGACAUGAUGUAUCACCACUCCAUCCUCCUGCUCUACCGCUACCGCCUGACGAACCAACGAAACAACCGCAAAGUCCCCUCGGCGAUCUACCUGGAGUGUGCUCAGUCGUCGGCGCUCCUCUGCGCUGGGUAUCGGCAAUUGUACGUCAGCGACCGUCUCCACGACACAUGGGGGGGACUGCACAAUUUGUUCUUGGGAGGGGUGACGUUCUUGUAUUGCCUGUGGUCCAGUCCUGACAUGAGGGCCCAGUUUCGGCUGGACAAGGUGACCACGACCUGCACGGCCUGUGCGGUGGUUCUGUCCAUCAUGGCCGAACGCUGGGCUGCGGCGGCGCCAUACCGGGAUGCAUUUGACAUGCUCAGUAACGCGACAUUGACUAUGGUGGCCGAGUCGGGUUUGACAUGCACGCAACCCACGUUUCCCGUGCUGUCGUGUUCGGCCAAUGACCGGUUUUCCGGCUACUUGUCACACAUGGCCGAGGUGGGUAUUGGUGCCUCUGUAGAGGAAUUGCUAUCGAGCAUGUUGGAGUCUUAG